AUGCAACAAGACAAAGACAUCACAACACCACCAACAACAACUACAUCGGAACAAAAAUCAUUCAAUACAAAAACAUGGUCGAAACAGGUGAUUAAAAAAACAAGUUAUGGAGUAGGAGUUGGAGCAUUGAUGGGAUUAACAUUAGGCUUGCUCAGGAAGAGGUUCAAUGCAUCCUCUUUUCUCAACAGAUGGUCUAUUGGAGUGAAACCACUGAGAAUGUCAGAGACCGUAGUGACUACAGGAUCCGUGCAACCUCCAACAUCCAUUUUCAAUACGACAGUUGCAUUGGCAGGAAAUGUAGGCAUUAGUUGCUAUGUAUAUUUUAGUGUCGAGGAAUACCUACACCUGAGCAACCUUAUACCUUCGCAGUUUAUUUCACACUUUGUGACUGCAUUUGGACUAUAUUCGAGUAUAACAUUUUUCAAAAGGUUAAUGCUGUCAAAUGCAGGUAAUAAGGGAUUGGCAGUUCCUUAUUAUUUAUUGAGAUCGAUGGCAGGUGGAUUGGGAGCAGGUACUGCUGCCAUGUCUCUUUCACUAUUGGGGCUAUACAUCGAACACAGAAUUCAAUUAUACAAACUCAAGAAUAAUCUUACUGCUGAUGAAUACAGAGAAAUGAUGGGAAUUUCUAAGGAAGAAGAAGAGAAAACCUUCAUGGCUAAAAUUGAGGAAAGACUUCCUGUGUGGUUAACUGUCCCAUCAUCUCAAAACAGAAAUGCAUUGGACGAAAUUAGAAAGUAUCACUCAUUGAGUUCAACUACUACCCCAGGUGGCGCUUCUGGAAGUGAAUGGACAGGUCGUCCACAAGAGCAAGAAAUCUUCAAUGCCAUUUAUAAUUGCAGCAGCAAGAGCUUGCCUGGAUCUCCUUCUCUUGAUACCUUCCUUGAUAGUGCUCAAUUGCAACAAUUGGACAACUUGGCUCGUUGUGAAAAGCAAUUCUGUAGAGGAACAACUCCAAGUAAUGAAAGCAUUGCAGCUCAAUGGCUCAAUGACUUCUCGAACGUUGGUGAACACCGUCUCACUCACUUUAUCCAAUCUCACAGCAACUUGGUUGUAUACUUGCCUGAUUAUCCAUAUCCUGUGUUUGUAUUCAAUCUUGGUUAUUUGAAUAACAUUUGCCAACAAGUGAGCGUCCUGGAGAGUAGAAGAAUGUUAUCAUUGGCUCUUCCACAUCUAGAGAUUGGAACCUUGCUGAAUAGUGAAGUGGUUGUAACCGAUUUACCAUUUGCCAACUCAGCCACCUAUCCAACCCUCUACUUGGACAUUCCAUUGCCAAGCAGUUACAAUGGACACUUUAAAAAGUAUGUCCCUUCCCCUGAGACCUUACCUACAUUGAAGACCUUGAGAGAGAGCUAUGCCUUCCAAAGAUCAGUUCCACUCACUCUCGACAUUGAACGUGCCUUCAAGUUAGCUCAAGCAGUUCCAUACUUUUUUGGCUCAAAGAGAUCGAACCUUGCUACUCAAGUGUUGAGAGAGUGCUACUCUAUUGAACCUCACUCAAUCUAUGUCUAUUGUAUGAUCUAUAUAUGCCUCUUUGGUUAUACCUUCCAACCUAAUGGUAAGGAGGUUAGUGCACUCGACCUGAUCAUUAGACAAGCACUCUUUGAAUGCUCGACCAUUGAUGCCAUUGUAUUGUUGAGAGCUUCCAUAAAACUCUUGGAAUUCCCUGAGGGAGCCAAAGGCAAUUGGGUCAAGGUCUCUGCAAGAGAAUUCAAUGCAGUCAAGAUGAAAAUCCUUGAAUAUAUUGAUGACAAAUUCACAAGAAUGUUUUACAAAUUAUUCAAUAGUCCAGAAAGUGAUUUGUUGAACUAUACUGGCUUCUUACUCAUCGCCAACUUGAUCAGAUCAUCAAGAUUGGUAGUUGACGAUGAGAAUCAAGUAUUAAGAGCUCUCAGACAAUAUCUCAUUAUCAAUGCUGAUGUCAUUAUUGCUGAAAAGUCAAAAAUGACAGUUCCUGAGCACAUGGCUGAAAGAAUUCAACAAAUACCAGUCACUCGUGAAAUUUACAGCCAAAAAAAGCAAAUACCAAAGAAGCAAAUUGAAGUUUUCCAAGAAAGAUAUGGAAGAAUCUUCUUUAGAAUUUCCAGAUAUUCUCAACUUGUUGAAGAUGCCAUUUGUUACAUGAUUGCUGGCAUUAGAUGGCAUUCAUUUGGUGAUAAUGCCUUAUCCAUGUUGCAAUAUCUCUAUGAAGACUUGAAUCACGUUGGUGUUAUUACUGAAUUUAGUUUUGAUACUUUCUGUUACAUGGUCGAAUCUCACAGAGAUCCAACAACCAUGUUGAAUAGAACCAUUAAGCAAGUUAGUAAUGGAAAGGGUGGUAACAGAAAUAUCUCUCAAAAUAUGUUGACUUUCAAGUCAACUGCUGGCAAUGGUGUCAUGUAUCCAAGAGAAAUCAUGUUGAGCUAUAAUUGCUUUGACAACCGUCAUUAUUUCCAAACUUUCCACUUGAGUUCUGUUGGUAAGGGUGUUAGAUUGAAUGAUUUGUCCAAUUAUGCUAGUUAUCAUGCUCUUAGAAUGAAAGAAAAUCGUGUCAUUAACAGAUUCUUAACCUUUGACAUGAAGAUUUUCCAAUCUUUUAUUAGAGAUGUUGAUGCUAUUCAAACCAACAAGUUUGACAGAAUCCUCAUCAAGGCACAUAAUUCCCAUGAUGAAUCCCUUGCCACCUCCUACAAUCUCAUUACUCGCCAUAACAACUUGUUAGCCAACUGUGAAAACAAGUACAGAAAUGGUUAUGUCCACGACUGUGUCAUGCCUUACAACUUCAACCACUUGAUCCAAAUACUCAAGAAACAAGUCUUUGCCAUGCAACAUCCUCAAUUCAUUAACAAGUUGAAUAAGGACAUUGAAAUUGCUGAAAGAAAAGCCAAAAGACUUGCAAGACAACAAGCAAGAAGAGGAAGCAUUGCAAGCUCCUCUUCAAGCACCGAGAGUAAUCAUCACAAUUUCAAUGGUGUUGGAAUGGAUUUCCAAGGACAAGGACACGUUGAAAUUGCCUCUUUAAGUGUUGCAGUUGCUCCCACUCCAAAUAUCUUGCCAAUGAUGGCAAAUGUAUUUAAUUGCAGCAAUAAUCAAACAAGUAGAAUACUUGCAGCUCACAACAGAACCAUGAUGAUGAGUCAAUCCAAUCAAGGAUGUUCCAGCAGUGGUUACAAUACUCCAUCAGUCACUAAUCAAAAUUCCAAACAAGGAACCAAACGUACGAGAGAAAGCAAGGAAUUCCAAUUUGUCUUUGAAGAUGGAAUCAACUCAAACAGAGCAGGUCGUGCUAAGAAGAAGAAGGAAUCUAUUCAAGGUCAAAAUCUUACACUCGAACAACAAAUCAGAGAAAAUGCAGACCUAUUGAGCUUGAGUGGCGCCAGUAAUAUUGAAAGAACAGUUGAAUUAAAUGUUCAACAAGCUCCUCCUUCAAAUUUCCAAAUUCCAACAACCACAUUCAGACCAAAGCAUUUUGUAAACUUUUUGGUAUAUAAGGCUGCUGACGAAUUCCAUUGUAGCUCACCAAAUGUUGGACCAUCAGAAGUCGUCUUGGAUGAAAUCAACUUGCCACUCUACAUUUGUCGUCCUUCACACAUUAGUCCAUCCAGAUUUUUAGAAAUGAUGGAUAUUAGUUCUAUUCUAAAGGUCAGCAUGAGACAAUUCUGUGACAUUUUGAAUGGUGAUGAGGUUCUUGUUGGAUUCAAAGAUAGUAUUAAGGUCCGUGGUGUUCCACAACGUGAUUUGAAUGAUCCAACUCUCCAUUUCAUAGACGAAACUCAAAGAGAUCCAGAAGACAUUGAUUGGGAAUCUUUCAAUGUCGAUGCUUUCUGUGAUAGAGUUGCUGAAGAAGAAAUGAAAAAGCAACAACAAAAUCAAGAAGUUUACAUGCAACAAGUUAUGAUGAAACAAUUCGAAAUGAUGCAUCAACAACCUGCUAACAUGUUGGAAGAUGAAGGAUCAGUUUUUGAUUUGUUGAUUUCAAGUCCACUUGGAGCAAACAUGAUGCAUCAAAAUUCAAUGAUAUCUGGCAACGUGGAAGAAAUGUUUAAUAGCUUCCUGGAUCCAAUUGUUGAAGAAAUGAAUGAAUUGGAAGAAGCUGGUCAAUGUGAUCUCUUCAAAUAUGAUGAAUUUCAACCUCAUCCAUAA